GCCGGUAUCACAUUGCUUCAUCACCUACACGAAUUAGGGUUUUGACAGUUUGAAAUUUCCUCGCAAUCAUCAUUUUCAAUGGAAGAUAGCAUUAGUUCCCUACCAGAUGAAGUCAUAUCUCACCUUCUUUCACUCCUUCCAACCAAACUCGUUGCCACAACAAGCAUCCUUUCAAAAAGAUGGAACCCAUUAUGGCUCUCAGUUCCCACUCUCAACUUCGACGACAAAACCUCUCAAAACAUCGAAUCCUUUCUCAAGUUCGUCUCCUCCGCAUUACUCUCACGAGACAUUACUUUACCCAUUCAAUCCUUCCACCUCAAAUGUGUAAACGCUUCUAAGCGCCGCCACUCACUCGACAUCAACGCUUUCUUCGACGCAGUUGCGCAGCGAAGAGUCCAGAACGUCAGUCUUAGACUCACCAUUAGGGUUAACGUACCUCCUAGCCUUUUCACUUGUAGAACCCUUGUUGUUCUUCAUUUGAGAAAGAUAAAAGUUAACCACCUUUCUAAACUGGAUGUUGAUUUUCCACUCCUCAAAACUCUCAGUUUAUCUUACAUUAACUUCGAACGUAUCGAUUAUCUUCCUGUGCUUCUAUAUGGAUGUCCCGUCCUAGAGGAAUUCCGUACAAAAUGGUUAGGUGUACGUAGUAGGGAUAAGGCAGUUCCUCAAGAGGUUAUAAUGAAAGAUUAUCCAACUUUACCAAAAUUGCCGUAUCUGAUGUGUAUGAUUCAUUGGCCAAACGGCCAGGUUCUGAGAGGAGAACUAGACUCACAUUGCUGCAGCUAUCCUAUUCUUUACAAUGUAAUAUACAUGGAGGUAAUCCUUAAGCAUAGAUAUCUUAAGGAGGAGUGGGUGUGGUUGCUAGAAAGGCUGGAUUAUUUUCCCAACCUUCGAAAUCUUACCAUUAUCGAGGACAAUGAGAAUGGAGAGGAAAUUGUGUAUAAUUGGAGGGAACGAACAUCUAUUCCGGAAUGUCUUUCAGUACAUCUUAGAACAUGUUUGAUUAAACAAUUUACAUACACAGAAUGUGGUCUUCAAUUUGCUGAAUAUAUUUUGAAGAAUUCAAAAGUACUGGACACAAUGUCAAUCAAGAGUGCUUCUUUCAUAAAUGAAAAUGUCAAGCACCAAAUGUUAACGAUAUUAGCUUCGGAGGAAAGAGCCUCGGCAACAUGUAAACUUUUAUUUGAUUGAUGAAAGUUUGGGCAUAAUUGCGGACUCACAUUGAGGUAAUCAAUAAGCAUGGUGAUCUUAAGGAGCAGUGGUGUGUUUGCUGGAAAGGCUGAAUUAUUGUUCGAAGUUUUAGAAUCUUACCAUUAUCGAGG